AGAACGUUGCUCCUGGCUCUCAUUCUAUUUAAUCCCAUGAGUCACUGCUAUUUUCUGAUAUCCUUUGAAAAUCGCGUUGAAUGAGGCAUACGAAGUCAUCAUGGAAGCAAUCCAAGACUCGAUGCGGCAGAAGCUUCGUGAAGUCCUGUCAAUUUACGGAUUACCUGAUGGCAUCAAUGGGCUGUUCAACGAGCAGAUUCUUCAUAUCUCCCGUACAGUCCAUGAAUGUCGAGUCGAGAUGGGAAUAGACAGAGAUCCGCCCUCCUUUCCGAUGGCCAUCAACAAUAAUGCUUCUACAACGCCUCCCGCGACGCCUCCCACGACACCUUCGUCCACAAACAACGAUUCAGCACAUGGCGGCUGCCGAGAAUGUCGACAUACCAAAAGACAAUCGUACGUUGGCAUGGCAAGUGCGCCCAAGAGGAGACGUAAGAGGACUGCUGGUGCAAGUGCCGAUCCGGAGACUCUGCCGAGCAAGAUACGUUCAGCAGGCACGGCCGACGCCAGAUUAGAUGAGGCUCCGGAGACUUUGCCGACCGGUAUCCCAUUGGCAGCGGUGGAAGAGCAUGGUUCCAACGGCGCUCCAGAGACUUUGCCGAACGAUACCUCUUCGACAGGCACAGACAUCGGGACAGAUGCAGCUCUGAAGACUUUGUCAGACGGUAUCCCUCAAGCAGGUGUGGAAGAGCAAAGUGCCGGCGGGGCUACAGAGACAUUGCCAAACAACAUCCCUGCAGCAGACAACAACACAGUCUUAGCAAGCCAUGGCGUAGGUGGAGAGAUGGUACCAUUGACCGUAAGUCAGCCUGAGACCCUGCCUAACAAUAGGGAGACCCUCCAGCCAGGGAACCAGACAGGACAGACGUUCCAACAUGUGUGGUCAUUCAUAUCAGAGAUGUUAAAUCCAGCGGAUGCCAUCAGAGUUAUGACAUCUGUCCUAUUAUAUUGCGCCGCACAACGUCAGAAAGCAGGAAAGUUUGGUCGCGGACAGUCAGACUUGCGUGUCUUCACGGACACUAGGAAAAUCUGUGAGCUCUCGAGGGACCUUGCGUCCCGCGAUUUUGUCAGCGCAACAAAGCGAGUCGCAUUAAGAAGGGCGUGUGGCGCAGGUAGUGAUGUCCAGAAUCAGUCUGACGAAUGCUGGUAUUGGGAUAUCAUCUCCAAAUCUGCCAGAGCACGCGAUCCCACAAAAUUGCCAGCCGCUAAAGGACCCCCUGAUGACUUCAGCGUUGCCGAGAAGGUUGCGACCUACGAAUUUAUGGUUGAAGCUAAUUAUCCCACGAGCGAUGAAAGCCAGAGGCAGUUUCGUCACUUAUGGAAAGCCCUAUUCGAAUUACAGAAUGCAGGUGUGGGAUCUACGUUAUGCUAUCGAACGCCUGCGUUCGAUACAUAUUGCAAGAAAUACCGACAGACUCAAGAACCGCCGCUCCUUGCCACCAUCUUGUCAUGGGAAAAGGUGUACGGACUUCAAAUAGACCAGCUCGAGUUGCGGAUACUUGCACAGCGGGCCGGAGAUUUUUCCGGGAAGUCUCAGCUGGAGCAAAAACAUGUCGCUGAGAGACUGAACAUAUCGGAGUCCUCCUGGAACAAUGCUUCUAAUGACUGGUACUCUGCUGAUGAAGAGACUGCCUUCAAGCUUGAGACCAAAUUCAUAGCAAGUUCGUCCACCACAACUCCGGAACUAUUCUAUGAUAAUGUGGAUACAGGAUUGUGCUGGAACAAGUCGAUCUUUAUCUCUCUUGUGGAGAAAAGCGAUAAACUACUCGCCGUCUGUCCAAGUAUUCCGGUAUCUCGGAACAAUUUCUUGGGCGUGUUCUCCGGGAAGAUUCGGUAUUCAGAAGACAGGGUUGUUCAAGCCAUCCCGGGACCUACGGAAAAGCUUUGGUUGGACUAUUCGCAGGUUUCGGGCACACUUAACCAGAUGCAGGUUGCAAAGCCUGACGGCGAUGCGAAUGUAUACCUAAAGUGGGAAGGUGUUAACGAAAAGGAUAAAACGGGUCCCUGUCUCUCGUGGAGAAUUUUGGUCUUAGCUUCAAGAGAUAUCAUGCCAUUUGAACAACUUGUUCGUGCCGCUCCGGCAAUAGAUCAGUACCAUGAACACAAGUUGAGCGAGUCCGCAAAGAGAGGCUUCACGAAAAGUACACUGUAAGUUAACAAAGUUGUAUGCGAUAUUUGGCAAAUUUGGGGACAACAUCAAGAAUUUUUCGUUUCAAUCGUGGGUCGAACCAUUUAUAUCAACAGCACCAACUCAUCGUCUUAGAAAUAAUAUUAAACUCAUCCACUUGCCCUAUUUGCGGCAUUGUUAUGAUUUUAGAGACUAGUAAAACCACAAUGCGAUAAUAACUUGAAUGGGACUCCUC